UGCAAUACGGAAGAUUGAAAUGCAGUUAAUAUAUGACAUCAUUUGUUAUAAUUUGGAAAAUUAUAACCGAUUUCACCAUGAUUAAAUAAUAUAGUAAUUGACGGAGAUACCCAGCAAUGGGUUCCCAUAUUUUGGACAUCCUUCGACAAGGAAUAUGGGCUUCUUUGACAGGAGGGUGGUUUUACGAUCCAAUCCACAGUGUUUUUUCCAACACUUUUCACCUUUAUUUAUGGAUGUUUUUGCUGGCAUUUCCGCUGAUACUUCAUCUUACUCUUGCUCCGUCUCUAAUGAUAUGGUCAAUCUAUUGUGGAGUAAUUGGUGUGGCAUUUGCCACUGUAAAGCUUGUGAACUACAAACUGCAUCAUAUGUACGACACUGGAGAGAUGGAAGAAGUAGAUUGCCAUACAGAAAAGGGCAGCAAGGCUGGCUCGGUGGAUCUUGGAAAAAGCAUUGAAAUAAAGGAUAUUCGUACAGAUCCUGUAUGCAUAGAAAUGCAGAAUUUGAGUAAAAAGGAAGAAAAACAAGAAUACACUGAUCCUAAUUCUCCUCUUAAAAUCACGUGUGAAAUAAUACAAGAAGAUUCUUUGGAAGACAACAGUUUGAAUACUGUUGUUAGACAAGGCCACAGUUUGUCAGGUGUUGCCCCACUUGCCGAAAUAGAAGGAGAUGACCUGGCUCUGGAAGCACAAUCUGUAGCCAAUGAACAAACACUAGAAAGUAAUGAACGUCUGGAAGAUGGUAAGAAGACCGACGCCUCCCACUCCAUUACCACACAAGCUGAAAUUGAAAUCAACCCCCACAUACCUACUGACAUUAAUGGUGAGGUGGAGGUUGAUAAAGGUCCACGUCUACGUGAGGAGAGUGAUUCUGAUCUGUCUCCUGAAUAUAUACCAAAGUUACGACUGAGGCGCGAACGGCGUGCUGUUAGACGAUCGAAAAGUGCGUUGGAAACCUGCAGUGUUGUUGGUCAUAUACCGGGUGAUCCGAAGUCAGGAGCACGUAUGUCACUUCCUGCGUAUUCCAGGGUUCCCGUAGCAGUGGCCAGUGAACAGAUAUUGCACAAACCACACCAGGACAGUCUGUCUCCAGUGCCAGUUACAGCAUUUGAACCUCGAUGUGUUGCUUCUGCUACGAAUAUAAAGAAGUCAAGUAAGUCCGAUACAUUUAGACACAGGACACAGACUCCAAGCACAAAGUCGCUGGAGCAUUUGAAAGAUAAACUUCCUAAACGAUCGCAAAGUAUCACAAACGAUGUCCUUCCCCACGAACAGCUGAGUACAGCUUUAAACAUGAGCCCUUCGCUGCAGAGACCUGCGUCGUUAUCCAUAUCCUCACACAGCAGCGACUCACGGUCAACACACAGUCCCCAGUCCAGUGUCGGGGACUCUUCGGAAAUCAGUCUAGGAGAAAUUUACAUUCCAGCCUUCUUCCAAGAUAAACAGGUGUCGACUUUUCCAGGACACAAACCCAAGUCGAGACCUGGAAGUGGCGGAACAUCAAGUUCCGCUAACACACUGACAGAGCACGGAUACAAUUCUUCUGUUAAAAAUGCAGUUAGACCCAAAGACAGUAGUACCAUGUUCAAAAUUGAUCAUUUCUUAAAAGGCUCUGAGAAGCAACAUCUGGAGUCUAGGCAUUCGCACCAUAAUGGUGUGAUGGGAUUUGAUUGGUUGUUCAGCACAGACAGUGAUUCGAAUACAUCCAGUGAGAGCCAAUCACAUGCUGAUGUUUCGGACUCGACGAGCACCGUGACCAAUGAGGAGGACAGUUCGUAUGAUCUGAGUUCGGACCAGCAGAACAUCCUCUAUCAGCCUCUCGAUGGUCUGGAGUGCACCACGUCUCCCAGUAGUCCCAGCACUGACGAGCUGGAGAUGAUGAAGAGUCGUGGAGCCAUACCGAAACACUACCACAGGAAAACAGGGAAGCAGCCCUCUCCACCAGCCAAAGCUGAAGUAUCGAGUCCAAACUCAACGGACCUGUCUGAUCCGGAAGAGAUAAAACGCAAGUUGUUUGAGAUCUUGCGUAAGCCUGAUGACCAUAUUGAAGAGAUGAAGAGACUGCAGGAAUUUGUCAAAUUAAAAAAGAACCAGUCAAACAACAGUGAUGACAUGGAGAAAGAUCAUGCGAGUGAAGCAAAGGGAGAAUCUGUUCCUGACGAUUCCACUAACAAGGGCGAAAAUGUCAAGGCAGGACCUUCAGAACAACCAGGGGAGACUGGAGCAGUAGGGGGAGAGGAGGAGGUGAAAUCAACCACCCCCACAGAGUUCUCGGCUCUUCUUCCUGAUGGAAAAGAGAAACCACCUGAGACUAAAACAAGUCAGCGAGGAGCAAGACGAAGAGGUCACAAGCGGCUGGCUCAGCGACGGAGGCGGAACUCCCCACCAGCGUCGGCCUGGACCAGUGUUGUAGCUCCUCACCUGGGUCACGUGGCCGCUUCACACGAUGACACCACAGAUGGAGCCGUUCACUACUUCCAGGACCAGAGUGGAAACUGGUUUAGCUAUUCCUUUGGUAAAAGCAGUACGGGGAUUGCUGUUGGAAUGAUGGACAAUCAGGAAGAAUGGCCAGCAGUUGAACCAGCAAAACCUGAUCCGUGGUCGUGCAGUUCCAGCUGGUCUGAUUCUUCAACUGUGAUAGUCGACUCUCCAAAACCUGAGGAAGGUCCUCCAGAAAAUAUACUACAGGACCUCGUCCUGCCUCGACCAAUAGGACUGGGAGAGGUGAACAUAGACCAACAUAGUGCUCUCCAGUCAUACGUGGCGGCGCUGCUGGAAAGUGGGCGGAACAGGGCCGCUAUUUCUAUGUCAUCCUCGGACACUGAUACAACCCAUGCCAAUACACAGAUAGAGGAAAAACCAAAACAUUACUAUAAAUUCUGGAUAGGGAAGAAGAAAUAUUUUAAAAUCUUUUGUGACAGACUAGAACUUCUAGCUUUAUUAGAUAGGAAUAUUUUAUUGAUAGAGAACUUUGUAUCUGUGUGGAUGGCAGUAGCUGUCGGUGCCCUGGGUGCUCUUGUGCUUUCAUCUAAUUUCUACCAUGAUUUGUGGAUUUUUGUUUUUUGUUUCGUCAUUGCUGGCUGUCAGUAUUGUCUCUUAAAGAGUGUUCAACCUGAUGCUGCAUCUCCAAUGCAUGGUUAUAACCGUUUGAUUGUGUUCAGCCGUCCAUUUUACUUUUGUGUGUGCUGUAGUUUGGUGCUACUACUUGACUAUGCAAGUGAGCAUGUUGGAACAGAGCCUGUCACAGUGUACGGGAUGCCUUUCACCAUCGCAUCCUCCCUGACGUUCAGCAGGGACCUCAUUAAAGUUUUCAUUCUUUGUUUUCCGCUGUUAUUUACUGCGGGCCUCCUCCCCCAAGUGAACACUUUCAUCAUGUACAUCUUUGAGCAGAUUGACAUGCAUGCCUUUGGUGGAAAUGCAACAACUGGUCUUGUGGCAUCGGUCUACUGUAUGGUUCGCAGUAUUGUGGCAGUUACACUCUUGUAUGGUUUUUGUUAUGGUGCUUUACAAACUGUUAACAUGGAGAGUGUCUGUCAAGAAACAGUGGAUACUGAAGCUGCACAAAAUGUUUUGUUUUCUAUAUUCUCUGGAGUGCUAGUUGCCAUUUCUUAUCAUCUGAGCCGCAGUGCCAGUGACCCAAGUGUCCUUUGGAUGUUGAUAAAAGACUCCGUCUUGAAGAGUGAUAAGGAAGAGAAGGAUAAGGAGAAAGACAUGGGGCAGGAGGAGCUCAUUGACCCCCUGCCUGGAAAACUCCAGAAAUGUGUGAGUCAGAGACUUCAGUCCGAUCUUCUGGUGUGUGUUUUCAUCACUGUGUUUGUGUUUGCUAUCCAUGUCAGUACAGCUUUUACAAGUCCAGUGCUGCAGCCUCUACUCAGUGAUAUCCUAUACUACCUAGCAGCAAGUCUGGGUUUUCUCAUCCACUAUAUCAUUCCACAGCUAAGGAAAGAAAUGCCCUGGUUGUGUUGUUCACAUCCUUUUAUGCAGAGUCCAGAGAGAAACUAUUUUGAGGUCAAAGACCAAGCUGCUGUGAUGUGGUUUGAAAAGAUGUACAUGUGGCUGAGAUUUAUUGAACGCAAUGCUAUGUAUCCAGUCGUCUGCCUGUGUGCCUUAACAACCUCCACUCCUUUCAUCCUCUGUAAAUUCAAGAGUUUUGUUGGUCCGUUGAUUGUGGUUGUGUGUAGUCUGAAGAUGCUGCGGUUUGCGUUUUCCGACACGCCACGUCAGUAUAUGAUUAUCACGUUCACUGUGUUCUUCUUCAAGUACGACUACAGAGACUCAUCGGAAACAUUCCUAAUCGACUACUUCUUCAUAUCCAUCUUGUUUUGCAAGUUCUGUGAUUUGGUAUUAAAGAUGAGGUUCAUCAUAACAUACAUUGCUCCAUGGCAGAUCACGUGGGGUUCGGCCUUUCAUGCCUUUGCACAACCUUUCAGUGUGCCUCACUCUGCCAUGUUGUUUCUUCAGACAGCUGUAUCAGCCUUUUUGUCGACACCGCUCAAUCCAUUUCUUGGUAGUGCUAUCUUUAUCACGUCAUACAUCAGACCAGUCAAGUUCUGGGAGAGAGAUUACAACACAAAACGGGUAGAUCACACCAAUACUCGCCUUGCAUCACAAAUUGAUAGGAAUCCAGGUGCUGAUGAUAACAAUUUGAAUUCCAUAUUCUACGAGCAUCUGACGCGGUCACUACAGCACAGUCUAUGUGGCGACCUGAUGAUGGGGCGGUGGGGCAACUACACACAGGGUGAUUGCUUCAUCAUGGCAUCCGACUACCUCAACGCUCUUGUUCAUAUCAUAGAGACGGGAAAUGGCCUUGUCACAUUCCAGCUUAGAGGAUUAGAAUUUAGAGGUACUUACUGUCAGCAGCGGGAGGUGGAAGCUAUCACAGAAGGAGUAGAAGAAAAUGAAGGCUUCUGUUGUUUUGAGCCUGGCCACCUACCACAUUUCUUAUCCCUGAACGCAACGUUUAACCAGCACUGGUUGGCAUGGGAGGUUGUGGUGACCAAGUACGUAUUGGAAGGAUACAGCAUAUCAGACAACAGUGCCGCCACCAUGCUCACAGUGUUUGAUCUCCGCAAAGUGCUCAUCACUUACUACAUUAAAAAUAUCAUAUACUACUGUGUGCGAUCACCGCGUUUGGAGCAGUGGCUGGAAAACAAGAUGAUAGUAGAAGCGCUAGCCCCGACGGUAGAUGCGGACUACGCCGACAUCGACCCGACAUUCAACGUGCAUGUUGAUGACGACUACGACUCCGCACUCUCAGGGAUUUCACGUAACAGCUUCUGUGAGAUCUACUUACAGUGGAUCCAGUACUGUACCUCCAGGAGGGAGAAGAGUGUCGACAGCAGCAAAGACUCCAUGCUGGUGUCUCUGUGCUAUGGACUCAGUAUCCUGGGACGCCGUGCACUUGCCUACGCCUCUCACAACAGUGCUUCAGCUAGUGUUGAUUUCUUCCUGUAUGGUCUGCAUGCGUUGUUCAAGGGAGAUCUGCGUAUCACCUCCCCGCGGGAUGAGUGGGUGUUUGCAGACAUGGAAAUGAUCAGACGUGUGGUCGCUCCUGCCAUCAGAAUGUCACUCAAAUUACAUCAGGAUCAUUUUACCGCACCUGAAGAAUACGAUGAUGUUGCUGCCCUGUAUGAUGCUAUCACUUCCCAUGAGAAGAACAUGGUCAUAUCCCACGAGGCCGAUCCGGCGUGGAGAAAUGCUGUGUUAUCCAAUGUCCCUUCACUUCUCGCUCUUCGUCAUGUGUUUGACGAGGGGUCAGAUGAAUACAAAGUGAUCAUGCUCAAUAAAAGAUACCUCAGUUUUAGGGUUGUGAAGGUGAAUCGUGAAUGUGUGCGAGGAUUAUGGGCAGGACAACAGCAAGAACUUAUCUUUCUCCGCAAUCGGAAUCCAGAGCGUGGCAGUAUCCAGAAUGCCAAACAAGCAUUACGCAACAUGAUCAACUCUUCGUGCGACCAGCCUAUUGGUUACCCUAUUUAUGUGUCGCCACUAACAACGUCAUACUCAUCCACACACCAACAACUGGCAUCCAUCAUAGGGGGAGAGUUCAUUUUAGCAAAUGUUAAAAGGUUUUUCCAGAAUGCUUGGAAAAGGUUACGGUCUCGUUGUGAUGCUACAUGUGCUGGAGGAAGCUCAGCAUUCCAGGAUGAACUCCCUUACAAUUUGUCACACCCCCACCAGUGUGCUGCAGCUACAUUAGGUUCUACGUGUUCAGGCCCGCUGUCUACCCCAACCAACCAGGGUCAGGAUAUUCCUCUUCAGAAUCUUGGUAACCGAGGAAGUCUUAUCUCAACAACAAGUUCUGCCAGCAAACCCAGCGCUCUCGCCUCCAUCGCCAACCUGAUAGGAGACAGCAACAAAGAGACACUGCCACAUCGUGUCAGAAUCACUGAUCCGAGUCAGGUCUAUGACAAUGCUAACCUUGGUCGCCGGAUUGAUGUGCAGUGGCCUAACGAGGACUGGAGACAGAAUGGUGGCAAAAAUGCUUGGAACAAUUGGACGGUUGUGAAAGGUAUGGAGGGAACGGUGGUUCACAAAUGGGUGCCAUGUCACCGUGACCCAGUGAGACGAUCGCAUAUUGACAAGACUCUCUAUCUCGUUCAAAUUGGUGAACGUUACGUGCCUAUAGUGGAGGCUGGCAUCAUGGACCUCGGGGCAGAAGUAUGACGGUGUUUCUACGAUCCCAGGAGCGCAAUGCUGGAUGUCUGGGUUUGAACAUAUUCAACAACUGGCAUUGUCCUCUGGGAUCUUGACUAGGACCCCGAAGGUCUGAAAACUAUCAUUGAGGAUUGAGGAGGACCUCUGAUGUCUGCUGAGGAAUUUUGUAUGACUGAUAAGGUCUUCUGAUGUGUGAAGUGGACCCCUAAUGGUUGAACAGAACCACUGAUGUGUGAACAGAACCACUAAUGUGUGAACAGGAUCCCUGAAGCGUGAACAGAACCACUAAUGUGUGAACAGAACCACUAAUGUGUGAACAGGAUCCCUGAAGUGUGAACAGGAUCCCUGAUGUGUGAACAGAACCACUAAUGUGUGAACAGGACCUCUUAUGUGUGAACAAGACCACUAAUGUGUGAACAGGAUCCCUGAAGUGAACAGGACCCCUAAUGUGUGAACAGCAUCAUUGAUGUGUGAACAGGAUCCCGAUUCACAGCUGUAAAUUAAGAUGAACAUUAAGGCUAGCUUUAUUAUGGCUCAGCCUUAACGUUAAGUAACAUGUUUACCAGAAUAAGACACUUUGCAAUAGUGCUUGUUGUCAUGGCAUAUCAUAAGAAAAAAUGUAUCUGUUACUUGAAAGAGGUAAAUGCUCAUUACUAGCCAUGAGUUGCGAAUGUAUUAUUAUUAUGGAACUGGUUAAAAUUUAAUAUUUAAAACAAUGCAAGGCAAUAAGGUUAGAGGUAUUUUGUAUUAAUGUAAUGGUAUCCACUGAGUUUGAGAAAAACGUAAAACUAGGCAGACGUGUAAAUAAAAAAUAAAAUUCUAAUAUUGAAGUAUUGUUUUUGUAGGAAAUGCAGGUAUUAGUUAUUUUGUUGUUGUUUUAAUAAACCUAAUAAAUGUAGUCAGUAAAAAUCAACCACAAAAUCUUAAUUUAUUGAUCACAUGUUUUUGUGUACUUGGUAAAGAACAUGAUAUUUCAGAUCCAGGCUUGAUAGUCUGAUUGUGUAGAACUGAAGCAUCAGUCUCUGGCAUGCACUGGAUUAUAAGUAAACAAGUUGAUAUACAUUUUUAUUAUUUUAUGAUUUUGUUUUAGUAAACUGGCAGCUAAAAAGUUUUAAAAUGUCUCUCUCUUUUUAGUGAACUAUUAUAUAUUUGUCUGAAAAAGUGUAUAUGAAAGAUCUUCUACUGCUUUGAUGAUAUUUAAUAGCUGCAGGUUAAUACUUUUUCUUAUUUCCUUAGUCAAAAAUUAGUUUUUACAUCAAUGUGAGAGGUUGUGGUCACAGAAUGUUAGCAUACUAACAAAUAUAGCCAAAUAAUAUUCAUGAAUCAAUUUUGUUUAAUAAAAUUAUAGAUUAUUGUUGCCAAAAAUAUUAUUUUCACAUUUUGAGUUUAACCAUUUUCUUUAGAAUUAGCACAUCAGUAGCUGGAGACAUCGUUAAAUAAAACAAAUUUUACUUUAUCAAUAGCUGGAGUCUUACUCAGUCAAUGUGUGCUUUUCAUUUUUCUUUAUUACAUGCAUUUCCUACCAAGAACUAAAUGUAAACUGAUUGAAACUACAAACAUUAUUUUAUAUGGAUGGUGAACAUAAAGCAUUGCCCACUGAUUUGUAUAUUGAUUCUGUGAUACAUACAACUGAAAAACAAAUCAUUUUGGGAAAGAAUUAAUUCCCAUACUGUGAUAAAUAGUAAGCUAUUUAUUCUUGUAUUGUGUUGUGUGUCUGUGGAGGUUCAUGACUUACAGAGUUAUUGAGGUAUAUUUUUGGUAUGUAACUUGAGUAAAUAAGUAUAGCAGCUUUUUUUUUUUUACAAAUUACAUGAAGUAUAUAGCGGUGAUUUGAUAGUAUCCUUGGGUGAUACAUGUAUAUGUCGUAUUAUUGUAUUUUAUGUCCUUGUGUAAUUUUUUAUGCUUGUGUGAACUUUUAUUUUAUGAAAAGUAUUUUGGGGUCUAAAAUUAAAAUACUCAUUUACCAAUAGUAAAUAUAAACAAAAGUUCAAAUGUUGUUACCGGCCCUCUUCUCCCAGCCUAUACUGUAUUCAUUUUUAUACACCUUUAAUACCACACAUUACUUUAUUUUUAUUUACUUUCUCAGUUUUCUUGUUUGUUUUGGGGUUUCAGCGGGUUUUUUAAUGCCAGUUUUAAAAAAAAUCUCCACUACAUUGUCAGGUUGUCAGAUUCAGAAGGACACAGGUUAUUUCCUUUUAUUUCCUAAAAUAGCAGUCAUUUAUCGAAAUCUGUAACACUAUAGUGAAGGCCAAACCACAAGUCUCAAUGUUUUAUUGUACAUGCUAUAUUAACAAACAAAUAGAGUGUUAGUAAUAAAGAGCAUCUCUAACUCCAUAUCAUUAUGACUUGAUUACCAAGAAACUAAGUUGAUAACAGAAUUGAAAAAUAUUUGUAUUCCAAACAUUGCAAUGAAAUUGUGUCUACUUGUCUUUUUGGUAAGCAGUUAUAAUAGGUUCUACAGUUGUAAAGUAAUUUUACAUUAAUCAUCUAGUGAACAGGACCCCCAAAAUUGUUAGCAAUUUUUGAAGUUGGUAAUAACCAUUCUGUAGGUUAAUUCAAGUUUUGGUUAUCAGAGGCUUAUCUAGGGGAGUGCCUGGGGCCACCCCCCCCCCCCCAAAUUUUGCGAUAGUUAUAAUUUUAUUCUAUAUUUUCAUUUUUUACGACCCCCCUCCAAACCUCCCCUAAAGUACCCUUGGCAUUCCACCUCAUGUCACUGCCCCCCCCCCCCCCCCCCUCCUAAAUGGAUUUCCUGGAUCCGCCACUGGUUAUGUGAUUUGUAGCACCAGCUUAUCACAUAUAAUUUCUCGGCCUUAAAAAUAUUGAAUGACAUAUUGUAGUAGUGACUUGAAUGUUAUCAUGUGGAAAGACAUAAGAUUCCUUGACGUCAAAUAAAGAGCUUAUGACAUGUAUAAGCCUAAUGUCAUUAUGAUUUAGGUGUUUUCACAGUAUGGUUCAAUCAUAUGUAAAAAAAAAAGUUGGUGCGACAAAUUGCAUAGUGAGAACACCCCUUUAGCUAAACAAAAUAAGUUUGUCUUAAUUUAAUUUUCAUAAUAGCUUUUUGAAAUAUAUAUUGUAUUUGCCAAAUUCAAUGUUAAUUUGCAGUUGUUGAUAUGGCCUGCUUUGUAUAAUGAAUAUAUUAUGCUCCUUUAGAAAACCAUUAUUCUUUUCUUUGUAAAGAAUAUAUAGUAUUUUACUACAACUGUAUUAUGUCAUGUCGUUCAGUAUUGCCACCAUUAACAUUCAUCUAAAUCUUUGCAGAGUUGUGACAUCCUAUAAUUUUAUUAAUCUGUUGUUAAACCAUUGGUGCACUUUCACAGCUGUGUUCAUUUAUAAACAGCCAGAAAUAAAUAAUUCCUGAAUACAGUGAAUUUAAUUGAUGGUCCCCUCACACACCCAUUUAAUCCAAUUGAUAUAGCAAAGGUCGUGAUAUGUGCUGUACUGUGUGAAAAAGUAUUUAGUCUAGCUUUUUGGUUGUAGUAACCUAUGUGGUGGAAGUGGUUUUCCUCAAACUAGACUAAUGCAGUGUUUUUCCAUUAGCAUCAAGGGAUCUUCUAUAUGCACUUUCCCACAGACAGGACAGCACAUGCAAAGGCCUUUGAUAUACCAGUUGGGACAGGGAAAAAACCUAUCGGAUUCCAUUCACACAUCGCUGUACCUAGUUGUAUGGAAUGACUACAGAUUUGUUUAGUUUUUAAAUAUUACUGGGAAGAGGAACAUUCUUUGAAAAUGUCUGUUACAGUUCAGGCAUUCCCAUAAUGUAGCUCAGCUGUAUGCUACAAAUUCAUUUGGACUAUGAACAAAAUAGAAACUGCUGGAUUCAUUGUACUCAUCAUAAUUUUUGGAGAUUAUUUUUCUUGCUUGAUGUGCGGUCGGUCUGGGAUCGAUCCCCAUUGGUGGGCCCAUUGAGCUAUUUCUCAUUCCAGCCAGUGCACCACGACUGGCAAAUCAAAGACUGUGGUAUGUACUACCCUG